AUGCCUUGCUCCUGUGGGGACUGGAGAAGAUGGAUUCGGCCGCUGGUCGUUGUGUUGUAUAUUUUGUUGCUAAUUGUCGUCUUACCGCUGGUCAUCUGGGAGCUACAGAAAUCUGGGGUUGGAACUCACAACAAAGCAUGGUUCAUUGCUGGGAUUUUUGUUUUCAUGACCAUACCUAUAUCAUUAUGGGGCAUUCUCCAGCAUCUGGUGCACUACACCCAACCAGAGCUCCAGAAGCCUAUUAUCAGGAUAUUAUGGAUGGUCCCAAUUUACAGCUUGGACAGCUGGAUUGCGCUAAAGUACCCCAGUAUAGCAAUUUAUGUGGACACGUGCAGAGAAUGCUAUGAGGCCUAUGUCAUCUAUAACUUCAUGACUUUCUUGCUUAACUACCUGGAGCGUCAGUAUCCCAGCUUGGUGAUGAUGCUGGAGGUCCAGGAGCAGCAGAAGCAUCUCCCACCGCUCUGCUGCUGCCCACCUUGGCCAAUGGGAGAGGUGUUGCUGUUGCGAUGUAAACUGGGAGUCCUGCAGUACACGGUGGUAAGACCCGUCACAACAGUGAUCGCUUUGAUCUGUCAGCUGUGUGGCGUUUACGACGAAGGCAAUUUUAGCUUUAAAAAUGCCUGGACAUACCUGGUUAUUUUCAACAACAUGUCACAGCUAUUUGCAAUGUACUGCCUGGUUCUGUUCUACCGGGCUCUGAGGGAUGAGCUGAGUCCCAUCAAACCAGUGGGGAAAUUUUUGUGUGUCAAAAUGGUGGUGUUCGUCUCUUUUUGGCAAGCUGUGCUGAUUGCUUUGCUGGUAAAAGUGGGAAUAAUCUCAGAGAAACGUACCUGGGACUGGCAGAGUGUGGAGGCUGUUGCUACUGGCUUACAGGAUUUCAUCAUUUGUGUCGAGAUGUUUCUCGCAGCCAUUGCUCAUCACUUCAGCUUUACCUACAAACCUUACAUCCAGGAGGCAGAGGAGGUCUCCUGCUUUGACUCUUUUAUGGCCAUGUGGGACAUCUCAGAUGUCAGAGCAGAUAUUUCUGAACAAGUUCGUAAUGUUGGAAGGACAGUCAUGGGUCGCCCAAAGAAGUCGUAUUUUGGCGAGGCGCAGAAUGACAGUGAGCGUUCUGGGCUUCUGUCUUCGGCGUCUCAAGAUGCCAUCACGGAAGCUGCAAGCAACCAAGGUCAGUACGAGGGGCUUGGAAGAACCCUCACACCGCAUUCCUUAUCGGCGCCAGCAGGGUUGGACUCGGCUGUGUGGGAAGAAUGCCAUGAGGCUAGAACUGACUCAAACCAAGAUAAUGUAAGGACGAAUCACACCAAAGAACCAGAAGAGGCGGAUCUCAUAGUCAUCACUUAGGUUGGUCUAUUGUUAUAUGACUGGGCAGGUCCCAGGUCCAAAGCUUAGGCAAACAAAUGACACUAAAGCUGAUUGAAAUCAGCAAGACAUUUUUCAGCCGGUGAAAAAUUAAAAGGACCUCUCCGUUAAUGACAGCUGUAUGAAUGUUCUAUCGAAGAUUGGGUCUUACAUGUGUUAUUAACACGCAUUUUACUAUUUUAUAUUGUAUGAGGAAAGGGAGAAAAAGCUUGUGCUCAAAGUCCCACAAUAAAUCCAUUAUAGCCGUUAUAAAGCCAAGAGCAUGUCUGCACCCAGGAUUGUUUCUGUAGCCUUUCAAAUCAUUCUUUCUUAGCAACGUCUUUAUAUAAAGUCCGACAGAUGAGCAGCUUUCAAAUGUUCUUUUUAUUAGGAUGUUCUGGACUUGCAGGGCUUUAUAGCAUUCAGGAGGCUACAUUAAGGUACUUAAAGGAGAGUUAUUAUGUAAAGUUGACCUUUAAGUGCUUUAUAUCAUGGUAUAUUUCCUCAUCAAAAACCUACUCGGAGUGUUGUCUUGACUCUUUCAUACAUGUUUGAGCAAUUCUUGUGUCUCCCAUGGCAACUAUUCGGGGGUGCCUAAAUGCUUGGUCAUAGCUCUUCUAGACUAGAGACAACUGCAGUUAGCAAACAUAUGGAACCGCGCGUCUGCUGAGCUUUUGCUAACUACUUCUUAGUGAAAAGCUUCACAGAAUGAUUAUAGACAAUAUAAUGAAGGAGAAUUGUUGUCAUGAUGUCCUGAAGGUGAGUUGUCAGAGAAGGAGCCUUUUAAAGAGACAGAUUCCAAUUUUAAAAUAAAAAUGUUUCCAGAUCAAGGAAUGAAGUAAAAAGGCAACAUUUUUCUCUGUGUAUGCAAACUGUUUGCAUGGGUAUAUUAGAUCAAUGCAAGAUGAACACACUCAGUGUGUACUGCAUUUUAUAAUGGUGUCAGUAGAUACAGAAACACUAAAUGUGAGAACAUACAGAACUCAACUUGAAGUAGUACAAUCAGCUCUCUGUAGUUCAGAUACUAUAAAUGCUUUAGUCUGUACAACUUCACAUGUAGUCAGAAUCUGAUUCAUUUUUCCACCCUGGAACCUCUUUCUAUUGAUUUUUCUCAUUAGUUUAUCAAAUAUGGGCAACACCAAUUCAUUUUUUUCAUAACUACAUCUUGAAUAGAUGUUUUUCCCUUUAAUAUUUUAAUUAUUUUCCACUAAUAUGGUGAUUAGAACAUGGAUUUGUUCAGGCCUGCUGACGACAUUAUUUUCAAAAUAACAUACAACAACUUGACGUCUAUAAUCCUGAGCUCAUGCAUGUUGUUGCCUUUUUUUUAUACAUAAACCUUACUGGAAUAUAUCAAAUCUGAUGUAAAUACUACACUCAUGAAAUGUAAAAUGUAAAUAUCAAUAAAAAAUGACCAAAAACAA